AUGUCUACAGAUAUAUCUGUUGAUAACAAUUCAAGGACUCAAUCAGAAAAUAAUGCUAGUAGACAAGUACUAUCUUGUACCAAAGUUUUCUUCAAACGACUGAUUGCACGUACACCAAUGGAAAUAUUACAAGCUGAAAUUGAUACACGAAAUGAAUUGAGACGUGAUCUUAAUUGGAUUCAAUUACUUGCUAUAGGACUUGGUGCUACUAUUGGUGCUGGUAUAUUUGUAUUAAGUGGACAGGCUGCUGCAAAGUAUUCUGGUCCAUCAGUGAUCAUUGCAUUUGUGAUAUCAGGUCUUAUUGCUUUAUUGGCAUCUUUAUCAUAUUCAGAAUUAGGAAUAAUGAUGCCUAGUUCUGGAUCAGUUUACACGUAUACUUAUGCAGGUGAGUUACAGAUUAUAUGCCUAUCUUGCUUUCAUGGACACUUUUUUUUGUUGUUUUAGCCUUGGGAGGUAUGUAAUCAAAAGUAUCGUUAAAAAGGAUUCGUUUUUUUUUGUCUUAUUCAUUAUAGAAUAUUUGGCAUGGUUUAUUGGAUGGAAUUCUGCGCAACUUUAUUUAUUUGCCGUUUUGACAGUGACAGUUGCUUGGAGCAAGCAUGUUGUCCUAUUUGUUGAUAUUGUGUCCAAUUACAAUGUAACAAGCAUGAUUGCCCAAGCACCAGUGGCUUGGGACGAAGAGAAAGAACGCUUUGUUGUCAC